CAAUUGUAAAUAGUUCUCGUCGUGCUAGGUUUGCAGUAAAAAUUUGGUUAGUGAAUAAGAAAGGUUUGUUUCGUUCAGUUAGCCAAAAUGACUGCAAAAACUAGCUUUUUGGAUAGUUUUGGAUUUCUAGACGAUGUCCGACGCAUGGAUGCAAGACAGCUAUACUACCAAGUGAUGAACUUUGCAAUGAUAGUUACAUCAGCCCUGAUGAUAUGGAAGGGACUCAUGGUUCUUACGGGCAGUGAAAGUCCCAUUGUUGUGGUUUUAAGUGGUAGUAUGGAGCCAGCAUUUUAUCGUGGGGACAUCUUAUUCCUAACAAACAAAGAUGAUCCAAUCAGGGUUGGGGAUAUUGUGGUUUUCAAAAUUGAAGGACGUGAAAUUCCUAUAGUUCAUCGAGCCCUGAGAGUUCACGAAAAAGAAAAUGGUACGAUAAAGUUUCUAACGAAAGGUGACAACAACCAGGUUGAUGAUAGGGGCCUUUAUGCUCCUGGCCAACUCUGGCUUGAAAGAAAAGAUGUUGUAGGAAGGGCCAGAGGAUACCUACCAUAUAUUGGAAUGAUUACAAUAAUAAUGAACGACUACCCAAAAUUUAAGUACUUCACGUUAGCGAUGUUGGCAUUGUUUGCUCUGAUACAUAGGGAAUCAUAACCAUACUUGUAUAACAUCACGGGCAGACAGAAGGUGCCUAGCUGGGAUAGGAUGUGUGUAUGUGCGUGUGUAUAUGUUUGUGUAUGUAUGUAUGUAUGUGCGUGCGUGUGCGGUGUAUAUUUGUAUGUGUGUGUUGUGUUUUGGCGAAAACUGCUUGUUAGUGAUUUGUCACAAAGAAUUAUAUAUAUUUUUUCUAAUUGUUAUUAAUAUUAUUAUUUAAAAUACUGUAUUUGUUAUUGUUGUUGUAAUUAUUAUUUUGGAUAAUAAAUAAUACGUCAGAUUUAGUCAUUUUUGCAAGAAUUGUCAAUAUUUUAAUUAUUACACAAUUCAGAACAUUCUCAAAAUGUUAUCUUACGAACAACCGUAGGCGAAUAUUUUCGUUUCAUGCUUCUCUCUGAUAUGAUAAAAUUGAAGACAGAUGUUUGGCAAAGACAUUGGCUAUAGUUUACAAAUUUACUUUAAAUUUUCAA